UCACCGCCUCCUUCACCGCCUCCUUCGCCCCCUCACCGGUUCCUUGCCUUUGUGCGCGUCUUUUUCUGCAGCCAUGCCGUGCAGCCCCGCGCCCGCCCCGCUGUGUGCCGGCAGCCUCCCCCCGUCGCCGCGCCUUUGAAGAAAGAAGAGGAAGCCGCAAGGAGGAGGUUGCUCGCCUGCCGCCUCAUGCCACGGUCCCGUCACGCCGCCAGUCUGGGGACCUGCAUGGAUGGGCAUGGGGAGAGCUGGGCCUUCCCGUGCCGCCUGUACUGAGCCGCAGCGCCGCACAUCGCUCGCCGCCGUCUGUCUUCUCGCCUCCCUGGGGCCACUGCUGGGCUCAGAAAUUACCUGCAGAAGACUGAUAACUGCCAGUGAAAAUCUGGAAGGAUUUCAGUUCAUGACAAUGAGAGCUGUGGAGGAGAGGGCUGUAAAACUCCAGUUUGCUUGCUGGGAUGGUGAUGGCCAGCUGCAAACACCUUGUCGAAUCCAGAAGUGCACCACUGAUUUUGUGUCCUUAACUUCACAUCUAAACUCAGCUCUUCAGAGCUUUGAUUUGGAGUUCUGCAAGGCCCUGCGAGCAUACUCUGCCUGUACCUAUCGCAAUUCCAAAGCAUGCCGUGGAAACCUAGUUUAUCAUUCUGCAGUGCUUGGGAUCAGUGACCUCAUGAGCCAGAGAAACUGUUCCAAAGAUGGACCCACAUUGCCCAGCAACCCUGAAGAAGCCCAUGAUCCCUGCAAUUACAGUGGCCACCCAGAAGCCAGAGAACAUCAGGGUGGGGAGAAGACUGCUCCCCCUACUUACCUAUUUUGUGGCUUGUUUGGUGAUCCUCAUCUGAGAACUUUUAAGGAUCACUUCCAGACGUGCAAAGUGGAAGGUGCUUGGCCUCUCAUAGACAAUAACUACUUAUCAGUGCAAGUGACCAAUGUGCCUGUGGUAGCAGGAUCCAGUGCUACUGCUACAAAUAAGAUAACUAUUAUCUUUAAAUCAUAUGAAGACUGCACAGAUCAGAAAGUAUAUCAAGCAGUGACUGAUGACUUGCCUGCAGCUUUUGUUGAUGGUACAACAAGUGGAGGUGAUGGGAGCACCAAGAGCUUGCGAAUUGUGGAGAAAGUCAGUGGCAAAUACGUUGAAAUGCAUGCCAGGUACAUUGGAACCACAGUGUAUAUACGCCAGCUUGGGCACUACCUAACACUGGCCAUUCGCAUGCCUGAAGAGGUGGUUAUGGACCAUAAGGAGAGCCAGGAUCUGCAGCUGUGUGUGAAUGGUUGCCCUUCAAGUGAACGUAUUGAUGAUAAUGGCCACUUACCAUUGCCUGUGGUGGGUCACUUGGUCCCUCAGCGUGGUUCUGCUCGUCCCCAGUCAGUGUACACACUGGAAACUGCCACGACUAAAUGCCAUGAGAAGAUGCUGCUGAAGGACUUAUAUUUUUACUCAUGUGUAUUUGAUCUGCUCACCACUGGUGAUGCUAACUUCACAGCUGCUGCUCACAGUGCUUUGCAGGAUGUGGAGUCACUGCACCCUAGAAAAGAGCACUGGCAUAUCUUUCUCAACAGUGAAGGUUCUCCAAAUGUCUGUGUUGUAGAAGGCUACACAUAGUUUUCAUGCUUGGAAACCCCACAAUGCAUCAGUCUUUGCCAGACCUUUUAGAUGUGGUUCAUGAAUAUACCAGUAAGUAUAUGUUUGUGUAAAAGAAUGGCUGAGCAGCUUGUAAAUACUUUAAAUUAUUAUGAAAGAAGAAUAAAGUUGCCUUCUUUGUUGAGGAACAUCUAUAAUGUGGUGUUAGUGACCCCUGGUAGACUGCAGAUAAAUUUGGGAUGUGAUCUACAUACAGGACAGGGAAUCUGUAAAUAAAGCCCCAGUUUGUCUCAUUAACCAUCACUUACUGGAUAGGAAUGUGCUGAGCAUAAUCAUUACACUUCCUUGUAGAUGCUUGUUUCUCCUCUGCUAUAUAAGCUGUGUAGUGAAAUUUAUGACCAGCAGCUGCAAACCAGGCUGGUACACUAGAGAUAGUGUCUGCGAUAAAAACAGCAGGAACCAUCCCCUCACAAUCCCACUUGCACAGUUCCUUCACAGUGUUUGCAGAGAUACUUGAAAGAGCUUUAACACAGUGAUCCGAUAUUGCUGUAUCCAUCUUGAGAGGUAUCAUGAAAAUCCUCUUUUAAAGUUACUGGAGAACUGUCAGACCAGAAGAACCCAGGAAGAGAAAAUUACUUGCUGUGGUUUUAAUUAGAACAACUGAAGAAGAGCUGUUGUGUUAAAAGAAUAAAUUACAUUGAAGAGUCCAAAA